CAGGAAUCAAUAUCUUACUAAGACCAAUAUUGCUUUGACGUUUUAUUCGGUCCGAGCAGCGUUCGACUUGUUUUAUAACAAAGUGGUCGUGUGCUCAAUUGCUUUGUGUAUAUAUUGAAUCGUGCCCUCGAGAUUGAUAUUAUUCUUCCACUUCUACCGAUCAUAUUAUUAUUCAUUAAGCUAUUAGAAAUUCUGGACUUACGAUGCAAUAUACUGCCUUGAAGUGCGUGAUUUACACGCUACUCACGUCGGCCGCCCAGGCCAAUGUCAUAGCUAAACCACCUGCCAAACAUCUAGGAAGCCGUGGCGAUGUUGGCGAAAUUGUCUCUUGCGUCAUGCAAACAGGCAGUGAUCAGGCAACUUUGGCAGUCCAUGAUGUCGCUGGUAACUGGCGCUGGUCAUGGACGGGCCAGAAUGCGACACAACAGGGUAUUCCACAAGACUUGCAAAAAUGCAUCAACGACAACUCGUUCUGGUUUCAGGAUGCCAAGUGGAUCAGACAAGGCGAGGCCAUCGUCACCAUCUACCACCAUGCCGCCCUCAUGAUUAAUCAUCUACCUGGCCACCCUGAUGAUGGAAAAAUUGUCUGGGGCACUUGUAUUAACCGUGACAACAUGGGCUCCAGCCACACUCUGGAGAUACUCCCGGCGCACCAUAUUGCCAUUGCCACCACCUCCGGUAGCGCGACUAGCAACAUCCAAAUCUUCAAGACCGACACUAGCAACCCUCUCGAUCCAUAUGCCAAACCUGUUCAGAGUCUGAAUGGCAUCGCUGUCAGCCAUGGCCUUCUCUGGGACCGCACUGAUACCCAACUCUGGGCCGUCGGCAACAACAUUAACCCAGAGCGGAAAGAUUCCAACUAUGUCGACUCGGCUCCAACUCUAGCGAAAUGGAGAUGGGACGAUAAGAAGCAGCUUUUCGGAUCAUCUGAGCCUACCAAAACAUAUCGCAUCAGCCAGCCAAGAGCUUUGACAGAGGAGUGGUGGCCAGUGAGCGGAAGUUACUGGUGGGAUGGCGCGCACGACAUCACGGGCGUACCCAAUCAACGAAAACUCUUGAUUGCUGUCGACGCGGAUCUUCACUCCUUUGAUAUUACCACAGAGAAGUUCGAAACUGGAGACUCUGUGGCCAACAAGUACUUUGGUGGCUUCCGACCCAAUGGUGAUCGCCAGAACAUCCCACGCUCCGAUGUCAAGGGCAUCAGUCUCGACGCUAAUGGGAAUGUGGUCUAUACCCAGGCUUCAUGGAAGAGUGGACUUGGGUAUCAAUACACAGUUUUAUCUGGAGGUCAAUUUUAUACGACUGUCCGUUUCCACGGUGGGAAUGCGGCGAUAUACAAAGCGCGCUUCUUUUCCGACGUUCCAGGGUGGCCGAAGGCCCGUACUUAGUGCAGCUGACUGGAAGCAAGAUAGCGGGCGAGCGAUAUCCAGAUGGAAAAAGACAGGGCAUAUAUUUGUUUCAUAAUCAGUGACAAUUUGUUUAAUCUAAAUAGAUCUUAUGAUUUAUUUCCAUUCGUGGGCUUCUUACACUCCAAAAUGAACAUAAGGAACCUAAUAAGCAGGAGGGCUGGUCUCCUGUUCUUCGUCGCUCUCAUCAACACAUGCGACUAGCGUUACAUCUCGUGCUAGUCUGCUCAAUU